UCAAUAUAAAUUUCCUUAGAAGUAUUAAUCAGCACAUUUUUAGCAUCUUAAAUGGGAAUGAGGGCAUAUGGCUUAUUCCCUGGUAAUUCACUCAAAUGGCUGUAUAGAAAUUGUGAUCACAAACCAUGCAGACGUGACUCUCUUUGAAAUUGCAUGUGGCUACUUUAGGAGUGAGUUUGAUCCUAUUGAUAGUUGCACGCGUGAUUUUGGAUUUUUGUUCUUCCUGAGGCUACAAACACAAAUCUCACAGGAUUGUUGUGAGGAUGUCAUUGUAUGAGAUUUUUUGUAUUAGAUCCCCUUUGGUUAAGUGUUUUGACGUUGUGUUGCAUGUGUCCUCAAAAGGAAGCAUUCACUUACAUUUUAACUUUCCAGCACCCGAGUUCAGGCCCUCAGGUGUCUGUCUCUCCAGCAACAGUAGAGACAAUGGUGCUGUAUUUUUGCAGGAUAAAUAUUCAAACCUGAGAAGUCUCAGAUUUUGGUAUGUAAGUGAUGAUGUUUGCUGUUAGGUUUUUGUUGUGGGUUGUUGGAGUUUUUUUUGCAGUGGAGCUUUCACAGAUACUCGGUGGCAGCCUCUGUGUGUAUUGCCCAUCAGAAGCUGGAAAUUCAGUGAAAGAUGUAGCUUAAAAUGAUACAUUUCUCUUAAUGGCUGGGGACUUUUUUUGUCAUGGGUUUCCUUAUAUUUAAUCUUAACUUCUAAUAAUAAAAAAAUAAUUUAUUAGAGUUACAGUUUGAAAAAUCAGGAUAGAAGUGCUUAGAGCAGUACAGCAGACUUUAAAGCUGCGAGGCAGGGUAGAUGCUGCAUUCAUAAUACUGUGCAGUAUCCUCAUCUUCACUCUGCUUGGAUUCUGUCAGUUCCUGUGGGUGGUUUCUUUGCACAUUAAAUCUGCAGUCUCAAUCGUUUGGGUAACUCUUCCUGCUGUACUGGGGAAGUCCUGUCUGUGAGGCUUACCUGCAGGGAUGCAGCUACAGGAAGCAUCAACUUUAUAUGGCUCAUGCCUGACAACAUGCACCACCAGUGGCUGCUGCUAGCUGCAUGCUUUUGGGUGAUAUUCAUGUUCAUGGUUGCUAGCAAAUUUAUCACGUUGACUUUUAAAGACCCAGAUGGCUACGGUGUCAGGCAAGAGUCAUUGAUACUGACAGCUGUGACAAAAGUGGAGGAGGUACAUGUGCCGGAGGAAAAACAUUGGUCUGAAGAAUUCCAGCCAACUGGAAAAGCUUUUUCUGGAAAUCUGAUCCGCCAGCCCCUGGUUCAUAUGGAAAGACUUGAGCUUCUCAGGAACAUCUGCAGAGACACUGCAUUGAGAGAUCUUUCUCACACUGCAGUUUCCAAAUUCGUCUUGGACCGAAUAUUUGUGUGUGACAAGCACAAGAUCCUGUUUUGUCAGACGCCAAAAGUGGGCAACACUCAGUGGAAAAAAGUCUUGAUUGUUUUAAAUGGGGCAUUUUCUUCCAUAGAAGAGAUCCCAGAAAAUAUUGUACAUGAUCAUGAGAAGAAUGGCCUUCCACGUUUGUCCUCUUUCAGUGACUCUGAAAUUAAAAAACGACUGAAUUUAUACUUCAAGUUUUUUAUUGUUAGAGAUCCAUUUGAAAGACUUAUUUCUGCAUUUAAAGACAAGUUUGUGCACAAUCCUCGGUUUGAACCUUGGUACCGGCAUGAAAUUGCUCCCGGCAUCAUUCGUAAAUACAGAAAGAACCGCACAGAGACCAAAGGGCUGCAGUUUGAGGAUUUUGUGCGCUACCUCGGUGAUCCCAAUCACCGAUGGCUGGAUGUUCAGUUUGGUGACCACAUCAUUCAUUGGGUAACAUAUGUGGAACUUUGCGCUCCCUGUGAAAUCACAUACAGUGUGAUUGGACACCAUGAAACCCUGGAGGACGAUGCUCCGUAUAUCUUGAAAGCAGCCGGCAUAGACCACCUGGUAUCAUACCCCACCAUUCCACCAGGCAUAACAGUGUACAACAGAACAAAAGUAGAGCGGUAUUUUUCAGGAAUUAGCAAGAGAGACAUAAGACGCCUCUAUGCACGAUUUGAAGGUGAUUUUAAACUCUUUGGUUAUCGGGAGCCAGAUUUCUUGCUGAACUGACACCUGGGAUAAGCUCUGAAGAAGUGUCUCGUGGAUUCAUCUAAACCUGCGUGAAUACCAGCUGCAAUGUUGACAGAGAAUGACCAUUUGUUUUCUAGCUUUUUGAUGUUGCUCCAUUUUUCAGUGAAAUAUUUGUCAUAUGAACAAGUAGGGGCUUACAGUUGUUGUUUACCGACCAUGUUUUCAGUAUAUGACAUUGCAAUAUGUUAGGAAUGGUGUCUCUGUUAUCUGAAAUACAGAAUUUCACUUUGCCCUUCUCCCCUCCAGGAAAAAAAGAGGGAGAAUAAAUGGGCUGUGAUCUUGCUCUCCUUCUCCCAGACAGAAUGCCAUUUUUGAAAUGUUGUGAAGUAUUUAUAAAGAUGGCAGUUUCGCUGUAGGUUAACUCUGACAUGUGGGUAAACGUGAUGAUUCAUACUCAUGAGGAAGUAGUGUAGUCUCCCAUGAGCUUUGUAAAUGAGAGGCCAGUAUAGGACUAAAAAUUGACAAAAUUGUCUAGGUUCUGUCAUGUGGCUGCUAUAACUGUAAUGCUGAUCUAAUCCCACUCUUGUUUGUCAAAAAAUGAACCUAAUUAGACAGACGCUUUAGAGGUGUUAAAAAUGGGACUGGUUCCAGACCCCAGUUGUCUCCGUAUUUUUGUCAAGUGUUUACUGUACUUACUACUGAUCUAUUGAGCCUCAUAAUUCUGCUUUUGAUUUUCGAGAUAUUAUUUAAUUCCUGGCUGUGUAAGUUAUCUGAGAACACCAGAUGCAAAUGGAACAUAGAGGAAAUAUGAAACUGCAAGGGAAACUUCAAGGAAAAAUAAAGUAUCCACUGUAUUUGUGGGAGCACAUAUAGUAAUCACGAGAUGCUCUCACACAAUAUAACUUGUUUUUAUUUCUAACAGUUAAGAUUAAUAAAGAAGUCACAAAAGCAAGAUGUCAUAUUAAAGAGCUGCUAGAGUUACUUGGAUUAACCAUCUACCUUUUUCUUAUAUCCAACCUUGCUCAAUGUUCAGUACCUCAGAGAAUAGAAAGUUUAUCCCUCUCUGAAAAUCCAUCUCCCUACUGCUAAGGGAGAAAAGAAGACAGGAUGAAUCACUGAUUUUUUUUCAGUGAUUCACUGCCAUGAUGUCCCAACUCAAAAAUGCCCAACAUCUGUGUUAUCAGUGGGGUGGGUUGGGUACUUGCCAGGAGUUUGAAUGUCACUUAAAUUUGUGUACCCAUUUUAUGUGUUAAAAAAAAAACCAGAACUGAGUGGAUGCAGCCAUCAUAUUUGCCUGUGCUUGCAUUGUAUCUCAUAAAGAGCAGAUUCUUGUUUGAAUUCACCAGCAAGAAAAAUUGGUGUGCUGCCCCCUCAUCCUGCAGGCCAUGAGAGAGAGAGAGACCACGUAUCUGAAAUACAGGAAUUGCUCUGUCACAGUGAGCAUGUGAACUGUAUUUUUGAAAUCAUAGUCCCAAUAGAGUUAUUUGCAGAUCAGCAUAAUGUUGGUGGCUAGAAAUGCUAAUGAUGGCCAGUGCUAUGGAAUCUGCUUUUAUAUCCAGCCACAAUAUGUCUUUGAUAGUUUCCUGUAUUAACACAAGGAAACAUCUUGCACUUGUGUAAAAGGAAAGCUGUGCCAAGCUGACAUGUGCUGCUACCCACAAAAAGGAAGCCCUGUUGGAGCUGGAAAUGAUUUAAGAAAGAUCUCAAAAGACAAAUUGAAAUAAGGGAGAAUCAUUAACUGGGCAUCAUCAGCAUGAGAAUAGUCCAAGGUGGCAAAGCUGGCAGGUAGGAUAUUUUUCAGGAGGAUUUAAAAAAAAAAAAAGCAACAGUUACAGUGCCCUAACUUGUUAGUUCUUAACCAAUGAUAAAAAAGAUGUUAACAUCUCCAGGUUUUUCUGUGGUUUACUUAAUAUGGGAACUUAGCAAAAUGCACUGUUAAACGCAUUUUGGAGCUAAUGACCUGACUGAUUACCUCGCUGCCAAUUUAAAAUGUAACAGUAAAUAAUGUAUAGUAAAUUCAGGCCUUAAAGUUUAAUUCUAAUAAAGAUAAAAUAGACUUGUUUUCCUUUGAAAGCGUAAGCUACUGAUCACACAGAAUGCCAGUGUAUGUUUUUAUUUUUCUUGGUAAAUUACUUAAUGUCUUGAUUGCUUAAAAAUUGCCAGGUGGAAAGUGCUACAUAAAUAUUAAGUAAUAAUAUUUUUUACUAAUAGCUUUCUCUGCAUUGAGUUCUCUUGGACAUCUAUGAAGAGAGCUAUGGACUGACCUAGGCAGAGGUGUGUACUGCUCUCCCUUCUCUGUGUUCCCACACUUUUCAGGCUGUAAUGCUUGUUAUCAUUUCUUCAAUUCAAAUGCAGAGUUUCUCCUUUCAAUGAUACCUUCCUGAGCUAUGUUUUCUUUCUAGAAGUGUGGAGCUUUUUUCCUUACAUGGCUGAAGUAACAAUGGCACAAUUUUGGUGUGACUCUUAAGGAAACUUGGAUACCACGAAGGUCCUUGCCAAGGUAUGGUAGAGUUCUCCUUAAGUCGUUCCAGUGCAGGUAGGGUGGUCAGAGCACACUGUGCUGGGGAAGAGGCUCUUGCCAUGAUAGUUAUGAUGAAUUAGGUCCUUGUGGUUUGUUUUAGCUUGACUGUACUCUACACAAGGCUUUUACAAAUGUAGUCUCAGUGGCAUGCAUGAAUGUCUUUUGCCUGUUCAGAUGCCAUUCGCAUACCACUUUCAGAUGAUAUUUAUGUCAUAUUGUUUGAACUGCUGGCCCAGAUCGUUCCUUCUCUUUCUUUAUUGUUACUGCUUCAGAAAACAAAUUCAUAUCCUGA